AUGUGCGACGAGGCAAAGCCAACAUGCAAUCAGUGUGCCAAGUCACGACGACAAUGUCCUGGCUACAAGGACGAGUUCGACCUGGUGUUCCGCAAUGAGACCAAGGCCACGGAGAGGAGGGCGCAGAAGGCCAACAGGAAAGGGUCGGUCGCCUCGUCGUCCUCGGACAGGAGCAGCAUCGCCAGCUCCCCGUCGUCGAUCGAGUCGCUGUCGCCCAUCGCCAAGGAGUUUGUCAGGUCACCCACCGGCGAGAGCAUCUCACCACUGCUCAGCAUCCCCACCGACCAACUGGCCUCGUGCCACUUCUUCUCAAACUUCAUCCUGGUGCCGCGGCAGGGCAGCACCAGGGGCUUCAUGGAUUACCUGCUGCCCCUGAUGAAAUCGGAAGCCCAGAACAGCCAUCUCCAGCACGCCUUCAAUGCCUGCUCAUUGGCUCACCUGGGCAACCGUGUGAGGUCGACUUCUGAGGAUAUCCCCGACAAGGCGCUGUCAGAGUACACCAAGGCCUUGGCGGCAACACACACAGCGCUGAAAGACCCGGAGGCUUCAAAAACAGACGGCACGCUUGCGGCGGUCCUGUUACUGGGGUUGUACGAGAACAUAACAGCAAAGGAGAUGGGGAUGUUCUCGUGGGGAUCACACAUUGAGGGAGCCAUUUCACUCGUGAAGCAACGCGGGCGCAAGCAACUCAGGACCAAGACCGGGCUGCUCCUGUUCAUCGCGGUGCGCACGCAGAUGAUCAUCCACACGCUGACAUCGGGCAAGGCGCCCAUCAUGGGGGUGGACUGGUGGAUCAGCGACGCGGUCAAGGACUCAAGCGCGGCCGAGUGCCAGAAGAUUAACAUCAAGACGUCUGAGCUGCGGGCCGAGGUGACGAGGCUGAUGACGACGGUUGCGCGGACGCCCGAGAACAUCGAGCUGAUGCUGACGCUGAUCCGGCGGGCGCAGACGGUGGACCAGGAGUGUGUGCGGUGGAUGAAGAACGUGCCCGACAGCUGGGGGUACAAGUCUGUGGCGUGGGAGGACAGCGUGCCCAGCGGCGACUUCAGCAGGGCCGAGGUGUUCCCGGGACGCGUCGACGUCUACCGCGACUUCUACAUCGCCAGCGUGUGGAACAUGGUGCGCGUGACGCGGCUCGUGCUGGCGUCGGUCAUCGUGCGCUGCGCCGCGUGGGUGUGUUCGCCCGUCGACUACCGCACGACGCCCGAGUACGCGACCGCCGCGAGGACGUGCGUCGACACCAUCACCGACAUCAUUGCCAGCGUGCCCUACCACCUCGGCUGGCACCUCAAGCCCGAGAGGAAGCACCUGCUGGAGAAGCAGCUGAGCGGGUUCGCGUGCGGCGACGACGACUCGCUCAAGGGGUUGGCGGGCUACUUCCUGACGUGGCCGCUGGGGUGCGUCCAGAGCCAGGACUACACGACGGACGCGCAGAGGAGCUGGCUCAAGGGGAGGCUCAAGUACAUCGCCGACGAGCUGGGCGUCAAGUACGCGCACAUCCUGUGCCAGCUCAACGUGCGCAUACCAUCCAUGCUGAUCCGCAGGGACGGGCUCAUGGCGCAGCCGUACCCGAUGGCGCACAACUUCGUCAAGCUCAUGUCGGCGCGGUACGCGCCCCCGACGGCCGGCUACACGAUGAACCCGCUGCAGCAGCGCGAGGCCAUGAUGAAGGAGCAGUUCGAGAGUAAGAGGAAGGAGCUCCUACAGAACGCGUCCAACAACGCCGGGCCGGGGGUCGAGUACGUCGCCAAGAGCUGGCUGAGCGUGUGA